UUCUCUCCAUCCUCACUCAUCUUCUUCUUCCACUCCUUCUCAUCUUCUCUUAACCAAAGAGCUAGACCUUCAGUUACUCUUCCCUCACUCACAAACACAUCCUCUACCCGUCAUGGCCAUUGCUGCUGACUUAUCUCCAUCCCCUCCUGCACUUCCUCCCACUUGUGAUGACAAGAACGCAAAGGCUUUGCGUUUCAUUGAGGAAAUGACCCGAAACACUGUCCUUGUCCAAGAGAAAGUUCUUGCAGAGAUUCUGAGCCAAAACGCUCAGACUGAGUACCUCAAACGGUUUCAGCUCAAUGAAGCCACGGACCGUCACACUUUCAAGUCCAAGGUUCCUGUCGUUUCGUACGAGGAUUUGAAGAAUGAUAUCCAACGCAUUGCUAACGGUGAUCGCUCCCCUAUCCUCUGCGCUCGCCCAAUCUCUGAGUUUCUCACUAGUUCUGGAACAUCUGCUGGGGAGAGAAAAUUGAUGCCAACGAUUCGUGAAGAGAUGGACCGUCGUCAGUUGCUUUACAGCCUUCUGAUGCCAGUGAUGAGCCAAUACGUGCCUGGGUUGGACAAGGGUAAGGCGCUCCUGUUUCUGUUCAUCAAAGCGGAGACGAAGACGCCAAGUGGGUUAGUGGCACGUCCCGUGCUGACCAGCUACUACAAGAGCGAGCAAUUCAAAAACAGACCCCACGACCCAUACAACGUGUAUACAAGCCCCGAUGAAGCAAUCCUCUGCCCCGAUUCCUUCCAGAGCAUGUACACGCAAAUGCUAUGCGGCCUCAUCAUGCGCCAUGAGGUUCUCAGAGUCGGUGCCAUUUUCGCAUCAGGCCUUCUUCGAGCUAUCCGCUUCCUACAGCUCAAUUGGGCGCAAUUAGCCCACGACAUCUCCACCGGAACCCUAAACCCAAAAAUCACCGAUCCUGCCAUCACUGAACGCAUGGCUCAAAUCCUGAAACCAAACCCGGAACUUGCCAAUUUCAUUACCAAAGAAUGUUCUGGAGAAAACUGGGAACGCAUAAUCACCAGAAUCUGGCCAAACACGAAGUAUCUGGAUGUGAUUGUGACAGGUGCCAUGGCGCAGUAUAUUCCAACUCUCGAAUAUUACAGCGGAGGCCUACCUCUCGCUUGCACCAUGUACGCCUCCUCGGAGUGUUACUUUGGCCUUAAUCUAAACCCGAUCUGCAACCCCUCUGAUGUAUCAUAUACCAUCAUGCCAAACAUGGGUUACUUCGAGUUCUUGCCUCACGACGAUUCCUCUUCAACUUCAUCUUCCACCUUGCUGUCACGUGACUCGCCACCGCCUUUAGUCGACCUUGCUGACGUCGAAGUCGGUAAAUCCUACGAACUCGUUCUUACUGGAUACUCUGGCCUGUGCCGCUACCGCGUGGGCGACGUGCUCCAGGUGACGGGGUUCCACAACAACGCCCCGCAGUUCCACUUCGUGAGGAGAAAGAACGUGCUUCUGAGCAUUGACUCCGAUAAAACGGACGAGGCUGAGCUGCAGAACGCCGUGGAGAACGCCUCGGUGCUGUUGAAGGAAUUCAACACGAGCGUGGUGGAGUACACGAGCUUCGCGGACACGAAGUCGAUCCCGGGGCACUACGUGAUUUACUGGGAGCUGUUGAUGAAGGACUCGAGCCACGCUCCCUCAGGCGACGUGCUGGAGAAGUGCUGUUUGACUAUGGAGGAGUCGCUGAACGCCGUGUAUAGACAAGGGAGAGUCUCGGACCGUUCUAUUGGCCCGCUGGAGAUUCGUGUGGUGAAGAACGGAACCUUUGAAGAGCUUAUGGACUACGCCAUCUCCCGAGGCGCCUCGAUUAACCAGUACAAGGUGCCACGCUGCGUCACCUUCACUCCCAUAACCGAGUUGUUGGAUUCCAGGGUAGAGUCCGUUCACUUUAGCCCCGCAGAACCUCAUUGGACUCCGGAACGUCGUUGUUGAAGGGUUGCUACGUAAUACGUAACAUGCAAUAAUACGCGAUAUUAUUGUUAAUAAAAAUGAUAAUAAUGAGAUGAAUAAAUAAUAAUAAAAAAGUAAGCAAGUGAGGGAAAAGAGAGUGAAGGAAUGGGUGAUGGUUGGCACAUCAGUGAACCCUUGAAACUGUCUGGAUCGGUUGAUUUGAUGUUACGUGUCUUUCAUGAAAUAAAAAAAGUUUGUGUUUUGUUUUUGA